AUGGCGUCGAGGGCGAAGCGAUGUCACAAUAAAAUUAAUUUGAAGUACGACAGUGAUGAUGGAUUAAUUAAUCAGAAACAGUAAAAAUGAGUGAAGUGGUGGAGGAAAGUAAUACUGGAGUUGUUAUUUGGGACAGCUCUUGUUAAUGCCUGGAGGGUACAACGGCCAACCCAAGUGGCCAAGUGCGGAAAGGGCCCGGGAAUAAGAAGAAGAAGAAGAAAUGAUCCAUUUAUAAUUCAAUUAAUGAUGGAAAUAAAAUACCAAAGCUCCAAUUACAGGCACGCAUACUACACUACACUACACGUUUCUCACAUAACACCAUGCAAUAUUUUUCAUAAUAAGGUACCAAAAGCUAACAAGCAUCAUCUGGUGAAGGGUUCAAAGAAGAGGAAUUGCGUUGUAAAUUGUGAAGAAAAUCAUGAGAAGCUCCGAACCUUUUUAACAAGUCGCGAAGCCGAUAGAAAAGUAAAAAAAGUUAUCACAGAAUGUGUUGCAUGUAAGAUAAAUUUUUGUUUGGACUGUUUUAAUGAGAAACAUUAA